GAAAGGGACGCUUCCUAACUUGUGAUUUUAUUUAUUUCAAAUUUAAAAUCUUUCAUUACGAUUUUGAAUUUUCGUGAACGUCGAUGUUGUUGUGAGGAAGUUGUAAGAUGAAUUCCUUAAUAUCUGAAGAUUUGUCCGAUGAUCGUUUAGCAUUGGAAGCAGCAAAUUGUUUGCAAGAUAUAGUAAAAAAUAAUCAAAACCUUACUUUAUUGCACAAGGAAUUGCUGGAGGUUAAUCUAUCUGUAACUGCAUACAUUGAAGAAAGUAAGCGUCGCUUAGCACAUCUUAAAUUACAAUUAGCACAUGGAGCUAAUAGUUCUCAUGAAGUAGUAGAAAUUCUUUCAGAAAAAUAAUAAUAUGUCUGCACCUCAGCAACACAUUCCACAAAGUACAAUUGAAAAAUCUCAAGACAUCAUUCAAAACAGAGAAAAGGUAACAGAACUCCAACAAGCAAAACAAUUUAUAUCAUGGUAUAAGCAGAUGAUCGAUAAUGAACGUGAAAAUAUAGUUUUGUAUUUAUCUGAUGAUGCUGUGUUGGAAUGGUUUGGGAGAACCAUCAAAACAAGAAAAAAAGUAUCCUCUUUUCUGAAACAUGACAUGCAGUUUACAAGACAUGAUUUUGUGUCAGUUCAAAACAUUGACAGGAUACAGAGUCGCUCUGAGAGAGUUAGAAGAAAUGAAGAGCACAUCUUGUCUAGUCUUUUAGAUUCUCCUCAAAUUUCUGGUGCCAAAACAGAAAGGACAUGUAAAAGCAAGAUUUUAAGAUCCAAUAGCCCUGAAUGGGCUGAAGGAUGUCAACCUCCAACAGAUGGGGAAUGCACUGAAAUAAAAAAAAAUAGAUUCAAUGAUGUACAGCCUCAAGACUUAAAUUCCCACCAUGAUAAAAUUAGUGAGAGGAAAGGUUUGAAAAGAAGUUUUAAUGAUGAAGAUUGUGCUGAUUUACACAGCAAAGGUGAUGGUAUUUUAGGUAAACGUGUCAGGCGGAAAUGUAUGCCUGUAACACCACCAAACAUUGAAAUGGGUCAAGGCGAUUGUGCCCCUUCAACCAGCGGCACUAAUUCAGAUAGAUCACACAAUGCUUUGAAUGCUCAGUUGACGAAACUUUAUGUUGAAUGUAAUGGUUUUAUACAGUUCACCAGAACAAGAAAUAGUCAUACUAAUGAUGCAAUGAAAUGGGAGAGAAAAUGCAAAACUCAAAUCAGUUUCUCAGAGGACCCACUCAACAUUGGUGAAUAUGUUAUAUGGGCUAUUUAUUAUACCGAUGAGAGUAAAUGCAGAAGGAAUCUUUUGUCUGCUUUUGAAGAAGUUGCUAAAGAAGAAGAGGUAAAGAAGAAUGCAAAUUAAAAAGAACUUGGAACAACAUAAAUGUUAUUUGACUACAAUCGAUUUCUGAGCUAAUGCGUCUGGUUAAAUAAUUACAAAAGCAAAAACAUUUACUAUUAUUGCUGGACAAUAUGAGGAAACAUAAGUAAUUGGGUAUUAGAUUUUUAAAAACUAUAUUUUUGAACCAUAAAUAUUAUCUACAAUACUGACA